GCAGCGCGCCGAGGGGAACCUACCGAAGUCGGGGGGUGAGAGGGCCAACCCCGGGUAAGAGUUUGGAAGCGUCCAGGGCGAACAGGAGAGCUGAUGAGCAUCGGCCCCUUCUCCCUGCGCUCCUGCAGCCUUCCGGGUCGGUAGCCGCAGGGACAGCCCGGGGCCUGGUGUACGGCCAUGGACUUACGGUGUUCGGACUCCGUGCCUUGUCACAGUCAGAAAGCAAACUCUGUCUCUACCCGAAGCUCCGAGCCGCUGCGACCUGGCGACCUGAUCUCAGACCAGGCCGGGGGAAACAGCGCCUUCAAGGCCAAGCCGACUCUCCUCGCAGGGCAUGCUCUUUCUAGCGUACCGGCUGAGCUGGGUCCUCCGGCGUGCAGCGCGGCCAGCCUCAACUUAGAGAGCAGCGGUGGCGGUGGCAACUGUGACGCACCAACCAGCGAAUCCCUCCUAGAGGACCGCGAAGUCUCCGAGCAGAUCGGGGCGCAGCUUAAACUGCUGCCUAUGAAUGAUCAGAUCCGGGAACUGCAGACCAUCAUCCGGGACAAGACAGCCAGUAGAGGGGACUUCAUGUUUUCUGCGGAUCGUUUGAUCAGACUUGUUGUGGAAGAGGGAUUGAAUCAGCUGCCAUAUAAAGAAUGCAUGGUGACCACCCCAACAGGGUACAAGUAUGAAGGAGUGAAAUUUGAGAAGGGAAAUUGUGGGGUCAGCAUAAUGAGAAGCGGUGAGGCAAUGGAACAAGGUUUACGAGACUGCUGUCGAUCCAUACGAAUUGGAAAGAUCCUGAUUCAGAGUGAUGAAGAGACACAAAGAGCCAAAGUAUAUUAUGCCAAGUUCCCCCCAGACAUUUACCGCAGAAAAGUCCUUCUGAUGUAUCCAAUUCUCAGCACUGGAAAUACUGUAAUUGAAGCUGUAAAGGUUCUUAUAGAACAUGGAGUUCAACCCAGUGUUAUCAUCCUACUCAGUCUGUUCUCUACUCCUCAUGGUGAGUUCAGCAUGACUGGGGCUCCAGAUGAUCAUGGUUGGGUGCCAAAUCAAUCAUUCAGGAGUUUCCAGAGAUCACAAUUUUAACUACUGAAGUUCAUCCUGUCGCACCUACACAUUUUGGACAGAAAUACUUUGGGACAGACUGAGUUACCAAAGGAAAAUUAAUGAUCUUGUGUACUAUUACAGUUAAUGUUCUGAGUUUCUACUUGUUUUACUAAUUCACUUGAGGAAUGGCAGAGGAAAUUACGUUUUGUAACUUCAAAGUGGGUAUAGUAAAAAGGAAAUAUUUGAGAUUUAUUUAGUUUAUUUGAUUAUUUCUUAACUGUCGGCACCAAAUUCAACAGGGAAGCACACACAACUCUUAGAAAAUAUUUUAAUAAUCUUCUGCAAGUCGAUGAUCCCUUGGUGCACUGAAACUGCUACCUAAUAUCUUUUUAGGCUCCACACCCAGCAUGGAGCCUAGUGCGGGGCUUGAACUCAUGACCCUGAGAUCAAGACCUGCGCUGAGAUCAAGAGUCAGAUGCUUGACCGACUGAGCCACCCAAGGCACCCCAAAACUGUUUGCUGAUUUUUGAACCUCUCAGUUUGGAUGUUGUUUGCAGCCACAAAUAAAGCCCAAAUGGGAGUCUGGUCUUUGGCCCACUGUAGUUUACAUUUUGUUUAGUUUGCUUUUAGUUCUAGGGAGAGUUCGUAUAUAUGGUUGUUGGCACCUUCUUCUACUCUUUACUUUCUAGUACUGUACAUGCCAGUAACUUGGGGAGGGUGAAAAAAGAAUGUGUCCUGAAAUUUUACAUUUCCAUUAAUAUCCUCACUCAGUUAGCAGACCCAGGAUAUAUGGCUAGCUCUUUAGUCAAGCCAUUAUGUUCUUCAUGGCUCACUUCCCACCCUGUGCAUUGUUGGUAGGUGCCUUGCCAAGUAUACUGCAGUGAAGAAGCUGGUGAGCAUUUCCAACAACGGAACUGUAACAAUAAUUUACGUAGUUAGAUUGAACCAGGGAUAUGUGGAUGCUGACAAGGCUGAGUACUGUUAAUGCCAUCGAUGCCCUAGAGAGGAAUCUGUGUUUUUUCUGAGGUAUGGGGGGAAAGAACAGAAAGAACGGUUUCUUGCUGAGUUUCAUGGCCCAUGAGUACAUUAAAUUGCUACAUUUUAAAUUUGGAUAUUCCAUUCAAUUUGGAAAUGAGUUCUUUCAUGUACUUGUCACCUAUAGAUGUAUUAAAGUUAAAAAUACCAUGAUAUUUUUUAAAUCCUUAAGAUUUAUGUGUGUUCCUAUUUAGACCCCUGAAAGGAAGAUAAACUGCUAUAGAAAUCAAUGUUUGUGUUCUGAAACUUGCUUGUGAAACCCUGAUCUCAUUUUGCAUUGAUAUUAAAUAUUUUAACAGUG